UGCGCUCGUCCGCGGCUCCCCCGCGCCUCGGGCCGGCCAUGGGGGUGGCGGAGGCGCUGGGCGCCGGGGCCGCGCGGCUGCUCUUCUACCCGACGCUGCUGUACACGGCGCUGCGGGCGCGGCUGCCCGGCUCCCGCCGGCCCUGGUUCCACCGCAUCGACCGCACCGUGCUGCUGGGCGCGCUGCCGCUGCGGGCACGGAGCCGCAGGCUGGUGGCGGACGAGAACGUGCGCGCCGUGGUCACUCUCAACGAGGAGUAUGAGACCCGCUUCCUCUGCUGCUCCGCCCAGGAAUGGGAGGCAAUGGGAGUGGAGCAACUGCGUCUCAGCACCGUGGAUCUAACCGGGGUCCCCACCUUGGAAAACCUCCACAAAGGUGUUGAAUUCAUCCUGAAACACCGAGCCUGUGGUAACAGUGUCUACGUGCACUGCAAGGCAGGACGCUCCCGCAGUGCCACCGUGGUGGCAGCCUAUUUAAUUCAACUGCAUCACUGGAGCCCUCAGGAAGCGAUAGAGGCUAUUGCCAAGAUCCGUCCCCACAUCCUCGUCCGGCACAAGCAAGUCCAGGUCCUGGAGACAUUUCACAGGACUGUGAUUGCUGGGACAACUGCAUAGUGAUGGCAAGAACUAUCCAAAUGUCUGUCUCAGCUGCUUUUAAAAAUCCCUGAGUUCUAGUGAUGUCAUGAAGGCUGAAGUGUUCUACUUCUUGACAAUCAAUAAAGAAAUUCUCACAUAAA